UCAGCUGAAGCCUUUGUUUAGCGCGUAAGACUGCUAAAAAAGGGACGAGGAAAAAUCCAUUGCGAAUAUAUAUUUGACAGUACCGCUGGAGAUUUACACCCUUCCGCUACAUCUACAGAACUUUUUUGCGCGCCAAUUUGAGACGUUCCAUUAAAAUGGCACAAAUACAGGAAUAUCAGGAUUUGGUGCUGGAUGCACUCGAAACAGUAGAGUUCAAAUUGAUACGAGACAAAGCGGACAUCCACAAUGAUGCGUUGAUUUUCCACCCGGCUAUGGCCCAUCAGAUCUUUGGUGAAUCCGAAACUAUAUUUGGUUACCAGGAUUUGCAUGUGCGCGUGUUAUAUACGGCAGGUCCAUUGCACAUCUAUCUUGGCAUAGAGUAUGAGAAGCGUGUAAAUGAGAUAUCUGGCGGCGAAAUAAAAGCCGACGAUGUUGUGGCCACGAUAGCGCAGAGCUUGCCAGACGGCUGCUUCUUUAUCAACCUAGACGAGUUUCUUAAGACACUCGACAAGGCGGACAAAUUUCAACCAUUUGGUGAAAAACUCAGCGAGUAUACACAUCGCUCUGCAAAUGGCACCGAACGCCAUUUCGAAAUAUAUCAGUGUGACUAUAAGAUGUCAUCAUUUCUUAAGUUCUUUGCUCGCUUACAAACCUUCAUACUGUGGUUUGUGGAUGCCGCCUCUUACAUUGAUACCGAUGAUAUGCAAUGGUCCUACUUUGUCUGCUAUGAAAAGUAUAAGAACAACGAUGAUGAGUAUCAAUACGCCACAGCAGGUUACACCUCUGUAUAUGAGUAUUAUGCCUAUCCACAGAACAAGCGUCCGCGAAUCAGCCAAAUGCUUGUGCUCCCCCCUUUCCAAAAACUUGGAUUAGCUACAGAGCUGGUGCAGACCAUUUACAAGUACUAUCAAUCGCAGAAGAAUGUCAUUGACAUAACUGUCGAAGAUCCGUCAGAAGAUUUUCAGCGUUUACGCAAUUUCGUCGAUGCGCGUCUUUGCCAGGGGCUGAAGUCAUUUGCCCGCACAGAGGUGACCAAGGGCUUUAGUAAGGAAAUGGUGCGUGAAGCGCGCGAGACUUUCAAAUUGAAUCCACGCCAGGUGCGCAAAAUAUACGAGUUACUUCGUUUGUAUUACACAAAUGUACACGAUGAUAAGGAAUACAAGGCCUACAGGUUGGAGGUGAAGAAACGGCUGAAUGCGGUAUACUACAAGCAACUGAAGGAUAUAAAGAAAAUGGAGCGUGCCAAAAUGGAUACUGAGUUCUUACGGAAAAGUGUGCCCAACAUACAGCAGCGCAUGGAGCAGCUGCAGGAAGAAUAUUUAUUGGUCGAGCAGGACUACAAGAAUACAAUUCAAAAAUUGAGCGCCUGAAAAGCCCGUCUUAAUUUUUUCUCAAGCACACUGAGCAGGAGGAGGGGGUGUUGAUUAAUUUAUUGUGUUUUUCGUUUAAUAAUAUUGAUUACAAAAACAAUUUUGUUGCUAUAAGUCUAAAAUAGGAUUCUUUCGAAUAAAUAUUGAAAAAUUACAUAAGA